ACGCAGUGCGACGGGAGCAGGACGAGUUGAACGUAAACAAACUCAAACAUCGUUUAACGCGUUAGAAUCUACGAUAAAUGACACGUGCUCGGGUUCAGCUGCGACCCGCGGACUCUGUGCACUUGGAUUAAAUCGCCUGGUUUGUAAAAAAAAAAGUCGCGAUUUAACGCGGUUAACGCUGCUUGUUGUACCGCUUGUUAGCUUGACAGCAGCUAACAGCAGCUAACAGCAGCUAGCAACAGCUAACAGCAGCUAGCAGCAGCUAACAGCAGCUCCAUGGAUCUGACGGAGGAUUUGUCUGCUCGGGUCCUGCUGAAGAACAUCCUCAGCACCGAGACCCCCAGGACCCCCAUCACCCGCAGUGCCUCCAAAGAAUUGAGCCCCAGCAGGACCCGAAGCAGCAGUAGACUGAGCAGGAGAGAUGCUGGAGCCCACACCCCACAGGACAUCCUGAGGCGCAGCUUGAAACAUAAAAUGCGUGAGAGUAUAACCAGGAAGUCCUUGCCCACCACUACAAGGAGGACCGCCUCGGCCGGGCCCCGGAAGAUGCAGACCCCCGCCCCAACCUCAAUGCUGUUUGAUGAGGGAGACACACCGAGGCACAUGCUCAGGAACAUCCUGCUGACAGAGCCGGUGAGGUCCCCGGUGGUUCAUGAAAAAGCUGCGUCAGAAGAGCCACAGCUGCCUUCAGCCGACUCCAGCAUUAGCAGCAAGCGUCCCAGUAUUGAGCUCUCAGGGCUGGAUCUGCCUGAUUUAACUUUUGGCAACGCGGCAAGCAUCGCAAAGGGGCUGAGCAGAAAGAGGCCCCACCGAAGCCUUAACGUAACGGCUUUUGAAAAACGACUUAAAGGCGCAAGUGAUGUUGGAGAAGAAAGUGACGUUUCGAUAAGUGAUCAUUCAUCACUUUCCUUAACGAGCUCCACUUCUUUGGGUUUGAAAACCCCCUUCGUAGACAUGCGGACUGAGAGAAGGGGUCUGCAGAGGAGAGUGGCCAACCGUAGAAAAAUCACAGAAGAAGAAUUCGGUGCUGGUGUAAAUAAAUGGCAUAUGGGAGACGAUCAUGACCAACCACAGGAUCUGAAUAUGACCACCUACUCUGAGGGCUUCCACCUGGGCCUUAGUGUUCUCAGUGAACCUGAUAUCUCAACAGAUAUCGUCAACUGUAACACAGCCCUCUACACAGAGCCUAAUUCCAUGACGUCCAGCUCGUCCAUCGGACAGGACAAAGGGGAGUCGAGAGACAUGGAGCAGAAUGAGCUAGAAAAAGAGAAGUCAGUGGAUGUACUUCCAACCGAGGGAGGGGUUGCAGCAGAACCUCAGAGUGAAGAAUGUGUUUCUGAGGAUCAGUCAGAGAAAGUUGUGGAUACAGCUGAAGAGGUGGAGAUGAAGAGUACAUCUGAAAGUCAACACUCUGAGGAAGAGGAGAACAGAGUUGAAGCUCAAACAGAGGAGGAAGGUGCAACUGAUUCUCAAACCGAAGGGAAUGCUGCAAGCAGGUCUCAUUCUGAUGAAGAGGAGGUUGCACCUGACUCUCAAACUGAAGGAGAAGAAGAUGUAGUGGAUUCUCAGCCUGAAGAGGAUGUUGCAGCCAGGUCUGAGGAAGAGGAAGAGGAGGUUGCACCUGACUCUCAAACUGAGGAAGAAGAAGAUGUAGUGGAUUCUCAGCCUGAAGAGGAUGUUGCAGCCAGGUCUGAGGAAGAGGAGGUUGCACCUGACUCUCAAACUGAGGAAGAAAAAGAUGUAGUGGAUUCUCAGCCUGAAGAGGAUGUUGCAGCCAGGUCUGAGGAAGAGGAGGUUGCACCCGACUCUCAAACUGAGGAAGAAGAAGAUGUAGUGGAUUCUCAGCCUGAAGAGGAUGUUGCAGCCAGGUCUGAGUCUGAGGAAGAGGAGGUUGCACCUGAGUCUCAAACUGAGGAAGAAGAAGGGGCCGUUGAUUCUCCGUCUGAGGAGGAUGUUGAAGCCGGGUCUCAGUCGGAGGCAGCGGCUGAUGAAGAGGAAUAUCAAAGUGACCAAGAAGAUCCUGCAGCCAAUUCUCAAUCUGAGGAAGACAAGUCUGUGGUUGAAGAUGAGCAAGAGGAGGAGGAGGAAGAAGAAGAAGGUGAGCAGGCCUCAGAACUGCUGGAGCACAUCAGUCGAAGGGUUCAGCGCUCGCAGGGCGGCCUCAUUAUGCCGGUUGCAGGAGCAGGGGGAGAUUUGCCAGAUGCAACAGAAGAAGGAUGGAGUGAGGGCAAAGCGCACGCUGCUAUAGAGCCGAGCGAGAGCAGCCACCCUCAUUCUGAGAUGCCUGACGUGGGUGAGUCUUCAACCCGAGGACAGAAUGACGAUUCUGAGUCAGAGACGGAGUCUGAUGCUGGUAAAGAAAACCCUCCUCUUCCUCUGGAGCUGACGAAUGAUAUUGUAGAUGGCGACCACCUGAGUGAUGCUGCAUCUGAAGAAGAGGCCGCUGCUAUGGACCCUGCUGAACCGGAAGAAGAGUGGGAGGAUGAAGAUGGAGAAGAGAACGAGGACUUCAGGUGCGAGACCCCAGCCUUUGUGAAAGAGAAAAGGAACUUUUUCCACCUGGACCCUCAGGCCUCGCCUUCUGUUCUGAAGAAUAUUCAAACCAGUUCCACCAGUGGUACAAGUGAAGCUUUACCAGCAGCUAAACCUAAGCAGGUGCAGCGGAGGAAGAGAGCCCCAGCCAAGAAAAACACAACCCUUCCUAAGAGCUACCUGAUGAACGCGUUCAGACACUUUGCUAAAGCAAAGGUCUCUGCAGAUGUGUACCCUGUCCUCGAUGAAGUAAUGGAUAAAUUCUUUGAGCGGCUGGCGGACGACCUGGAGACGUAUGCAGGUCAUGCAAAGAGAAAAACCAUAGAGGUCGAGGAUGUUGUGCUGCUGCUGAAAAGGCAGGGUCAUGUGAAUGACAAGGUGCCGGUGGAAGUGCUCAUUGAGAAAUAUCUUCGGAUGGAGCAGCGCAAGCUCUUGAUCCCCAUCGCGACGAGUGGAAAUGUUGUCAUCCCUAAAAAACAGAUUUGAAUGUGUCAUGUACAGCCUCCUGCUUUUUAUUUGGUUUCAUCUCUGGCAUCUUCACAUUUUUUCUUACACUGCAUUUAUUUGCAAUGCUGUUAUUUUAAAUGUUAAGUUUUGUAUAAAUUUGUAAAUAUUUGUUAAUAUAUUCAACACCGACAAUUACAUUUUGUUUGUGAUGUCUAUGAAUCUUUCUGUCUGGUCUUUCUCUGUGAUUACAUAAUGUGAGUGUUGAUUAUUUUGGUGGAAUCAGUGAUAAGCACACGUAUUCAUCACUUUUCUUCAUGUAUCUCUUUAUGCACAUGAUUUCUUGUCUGACAGCAUAAAAGAAAAAGAGGUAACAAUGUCUUUGAAAAUGAAUAAAUAUUGAAAUAAA